GAGUUUAAAUCAGUCACCAAGUUCAAGAUCUUCAACACCAACAACUUGUGGAUCAGCCUGCCCGCCAUUAAAAGGCUUCACGAGAAGAACGCCAUGGACAUGGAGAUCAUUGUCAACCCUAAGACUCUCGACGGCGGUCUGAAUGUCAUCCAGCUGGAGACGGCUGUGGGUGCUGCCAUGAAGAGCUUCGACAACGCACUCGGCAUCAACGUGCCCCGCAGCCGCUUCCUGCCCGUCAAAACCACCUCGGACCUCCUGCUGGUCAUGUCCAACCUGUACAGCAUGAACGCGGGCUCUCUGACCAUGAGCCCCAAGAGAGAGUUUCUCACAACACCUCACGUCAAACUGGGCAGCUCCUUCACUAAAGUAAGGUUCACUAAGGACUUUUACACUGUGCUGCUUAUUCUGGACAAGAGCCACCCACUUAGACAGGAAGAGAGAGCUUGACUUUCAU